GUUUGGACGACUGGCGGGACUUCUACACAUGGUGCUGGACGAGCCGGUUGUUUACAAGCCUUAAAACUUGUUUUUACACGGAACCGCUAAACACAAACAUGAUGGCAACAAACGGAGAAGAAGCCUGCGGAGUAAAAGACGACAUGUCGGCAGUUUCCUCAAAUGGCAGGAGCGAAGUUCUUGCUAAGUCACACUCUGCUGUGAACGGGGCAGCAACCGACGCUUCGUCCCAGAAUGGAGCCGCAGUCCGGCCGCAGAGGUUCACCUUCAGCUCCGAACCCACCGUCGAGGAUAUCCGACGGAUGCAGGCCGAGUUCACGGACGAGCGGGACUGGAACCAGUUUCACCAGCCCCGCAACCUGCUCCUGGCCAUGGUCGGGGAGGUGGGCGAGGUGGCGGAGCUCUUCCAGUGGCGGGGGGAGGUGGCCGACGGCCUGCCGGACUGGACCGAGUCCGAGCGGGAGCAGCUGGCCCACGAGCUGAGCGACGUGUUGAUCUACCUGGUGGAGCUCGCCGAGAAGUGCCGCGUCGACCUUCCUCAGGCGGUGCUCCGGAAAAUGGCGCUAAACAGACUCAAGUACCCCGCCAGCAAGGUGCACGGCUCGGCCAAGAAGUACACCGAGUACAAGGACUGAGAGUCGGCGUGGGGAGCGGGUGGAGGCCCGGUGCAAUGACUGCUGGAGCUGCUGUCCUCUCCAGCAUGCUGACCUGCUGCUGCUGAACGUUUUACCCCUUUGGUUCAAACGGUAUUUCUGGGUUGACUUGUUGCAUAACCAUGGAGGCUCUUAGCUGUAUUUUCUACAGAUGCAAAGUCACAUUUAAUAGAGAAGUCACUUGAGGAAUAUUUUGGCUUUUUACUGGAGUUCACUUUUUAAACCCCUGAUUUCAGUGUGAGCAUGGCUGUGCCUGAGUCAAUUUGAGCUACUGCAUGCUCUUUUUUUUUUUUUAACAAAAAUAUUACUGAUGCACAGUGCCUAUGGGGAGGAUUAGAGAGAAGAUAUUUCUCAGUGAACAUUUUAAAAGUUAUCUAGCUUGGCUCCAGUGUAGCAGUGUGACAGAGUGGAUUAGAAAGGCUGCUGGAGUUAAAGCAGAUGAUUAUUGUCCUGACCAAACAUGACAUGGAAAAUGGAGCGAGGAAAAUGGGUGAUUUUGAUUAGUUUUUGUGUAAGUAUUUUUUUCGGAUUAUCCUCAUCUCCCACCGAAUUUGGAAGUUUUGUCGACACCGCGACUGUUCCGAUUUUUCCUAAAGUAAAAGUUGUUAAAAGUU